AUAAUUGACUCUCUGGAAAACUCUGUACUUCUUCUGGAGAGUAUUCUCAACAUAGAGAGAACAAUAGCACUGCCAUCCCACGUUAAAAUACAACAAUUAGCUAAUGUAUCUAUUGACGCACAAACCGAGCCAAUGGAGAAGGAGCUUGAAGAACUGAUCGUGAAUAGCGUGGAACUUCACUGCCAAAUUGCCUACGAUCUGGGCUCAUUGUAUUUUCCAUCAUAAUAAAUAUCUUGACGCUGCUAAUAAGUUUUCACUGGUUUCACAGCUGUUGCCUAUGAUUUCAGAUCCUGUCUAUUGCUUCAUUGAUUUACCUAAAUUCACCGGAUACUGUGCUGCAUGCAGGCAUUUCAAAGACAUACCAAUGACAAUGCCUUCAUCAAAGUCACUACAUCAAGAAAUAGAACAGUCCAGGCGAGCCAAUUAUCAGGGCUUGGUUGAUCUGUUAAUUGCUGACAACAAAGCAAGACAAACCCCGAUCACUUUUAGGAACUCUCUAGAAAAAGAAGUUUUAGUCAGUGGUUCUGCCAGUUUGUAUUUUGAAGUCUGUACGUGUAAUGCAAUUCACCAUGUGCUAAGCGGCAUUCCAGUCCCGACCGUCUACACCGAAAUGCUGCAAUCCAUCUCAGAUCAACAGUGGAAUUUUCUUUUUAAGACUUGCUGGCUGUGCUCUGAGAAAGGACCCAAGCAUGAACAGAAGAAUAUCAAGACAUUUCUCAGGGAUAUAAGUUGCGCGUACAGACAUUCAUGGCCAUUGCUGUGUAACAGCGAUGUGAAACAGUUAUUUAGUGAUAAAGAGAUAUUAGAAAUAACCAAACAGCAAGAUAUCGCUCAAUUAGCAUUGAGUGCUGUGACUGUAAAGCGGCAAAGAACAGACGAAUACACUG